GUACGAGUGUCGAGUGCAGCGGUGCAGCCAGCCGGGUGCAGGUUGUCGUCCCCUGCUGGGUUGCUGUCUCCGCUGGCUACUUGUCAUCGAGUGGCAGACACAGUUGUUGAAAUCGGCUCCCGGCGCUUGCUUGAUCACCCGUGCGGAACUACGAGGCGUUGACAGUCAUGUUUAUCCGAGCAGCGGCGCGUAAUUUGUCGCUCGUCAGGCGGUGCGGCGUGCUCCAUCAAUCCACCGCUGCCGUUGCCGCAGAGCCUGUGCGGAAUCCUGACAUCGCCUACACCCAGAUAUUUAUUAACAAUGAGUGGCAUAACUCCGCCUCGGGUAAGACCUUUCCCACCGUCAACCCUACCUCAGGAGAAGUGAUUACUCAGGUUCAGGAAGGCGAUAAGGCUGAUGUUGACAAAGCUGUGCGAGCAGCUAGGCAGGCAUUUGAAUUGGGAUCUGAAUGGCGCACCAUGGACGCCUCUGACCGAGGCGUCCUGCUGAAUCGUCUUGCUGACCUUAUUGAACGAGAUCGCUGCCUCCUUGCUAGCCUGGAGACAUUGGACAACGGGAAGCCUUUUGCAGAUGCUUACAAUAUUGAUCUGCCUCUUGUCAUCAAGUGCCUCAGGUACUACGCUGGCUACGCAGACAAGAACCAUGGCAAGACUAUCCCACUUGAUGGAAGCUACUUUGCGUACACACGCCACGAACCUGUUGGUGUGUGCGGGCAGAUUAUUCCCUGGAAUUUCCCAGCACUGAUGCAGGCCUGGAAGCUUGGUCCUGCACUCGCAAUGGGCAACACAGUGGUUAUGAAGCCAGCUGAGCAAACUCCGCUGUCGGCACUUCAUGUAGCCUCUCUUGUGGCUGAGGCUGGCUUCCCGCCUGGUGUGUUCAAUGUGGUGCCUGGCAUGGGCCCUACAGCAGGAGCAGCCAUUGCAGCUCACAGGGAUGUCGACAAGCUUGCCUUCACAGGCUCCACAGAGGUUGGCCAGUUGGUGAUGGAGACCGCUGCCAGGUCGAACUUGAAGAAGGUCACAUUAGAACUGGGUGGAAAGAGUCCUAACAUUGUGUUCAAGGAUGCUGACUUGGACGAGGCAAUAGCGACGUCUCAUUUUGGAUUGUUCUUCAACCAAGGCCAGUGUUGCUGCGCUGGCUCACGCAUCUUUGUGGAGGGUGCAAUCUACGAUGACUUUGUGGCUCGCAGUGUGGAACUUGCUAAGCAGAGAGUUCUCGGUGACCCCUUUGAUGCCAACACCACGCAGGGACCCCAGGUGGACCAGGAACAGCUGGGAAAAAUCUUGAACCUGAUUGACAGUGGCAAGACAGAAGGAGCCCGCCUACUGUGUGGUGGAGCGAGGCAUGGAUCACGAGGCUACUUUGUUGAGCCAACUGUCUUUUCGGAUGUUAAAGAUGGCAUGCGUAUUGCCAAGGAAGAGAUAUUUGGCCCAGUAAUGCAGAUUCUGCGUUUUGAAAACAUUGAUGAGAUGAUUGAGCGUGCAAACCGCACAGAGUAUGGUUUAGCUGCAAGCCUCUUCACACGAGACCUUGAGAAGGCCUUGCAUUUUUCAUCUGGGAUCAAAGCUGGAACUGUCUGGGUGAACUGCUAUGAUGUGUUGACUGCACAAGUGCCCUUUGGAGGCUACAAGAUGUCUGGCAUUGGCCGUGAGCUUGGGGAAUACGGCCUUGAAGCUUACACCGAAGUGAAAUCGGUGAUUAUGAAGAUUGGACAGAAGAACAGCUAAGCUGCAAUAUACGUAAUUUUGUAUUUUUACAUAUAUCAUCUGUUUUUCAAUAUUGCAAGUUCCUUUUAUACUCCUGGCUGUGAUGCUCAAUAAAUGGUUUGAAGCUGAACA